GCCCAAGUUCAGUGUUAUAUUAGUUCCACCCUAUGACGCGAAGCGGAACGCCGGUAAGGACAGGGUAAGGUGUUUCGGGUGGUUCGUCGCGCCCUCUCUAUUGGCGCUUAACUUUGUUAAACAGGCUUUGAUUCUGGAAUAGACUUGGUUUUAAGAAACAACUGUGUCCUUUUGCCACAAGACACCUUGAUCGUCAUCAAUUUGUGGUGCGGAAAGAGGAGGACUGAAGAAGAAUUUUGAGUGUUGCUGGAAAUGUCUUUCCACGAAUUAACAUCCAGAGCGAUACUUUUAUACGAUGAAUGGAUCAAAGAUGCAGAUCCCAGAGUUGAAGACUGGCCAAUGAUGUCUUCACCCCUGCCACAAACAAUAAUCAUUGGUGCUUAUAUCUACUUUGUCACAGUGUUUGGACCAAAAUUUAUGGAGAACAGAAAGCCUUUGAACUUGAAGCAAGUAAUGAUUGUAUACAAUUUUUCCAUGGUGAUCUUUUCAAAGUAUAUGUGUUAUGAAUUUCUUAUGUCUGGCUGGGCCACGGGAUACACCUUUCGUUGUGACAUUGUGGAUUAUUCCAGGUCACCACAAGCCCUCAGGAUGGCGUGGACCUGCUGGCUUUUUUACAUUUCCAAAUUAAUUGAAUUGCUGGACACUGUUUUCUUUGUGGUUCGAAAGAAGAGUGGUCAAGUGACAUUUCUUCAUGUCUACCACCAUACCAUCAUGUCUUUCACUUGGUGGUUUGGAGUCAAAUUUGCUCCAGGUGGUCUAGGAACAUUUCACGCCCUUGUAAAUUGCAUAGUGCAUAUUUUCAUGUAUUCAUAUUACGGUUUAUCUGCAUUGGGACAAAGUUACCAGAAGUAUUUAUGGUGGAAAAAGUACAUGACUGCAAUUCAAUUGAUCCAGUUUGUGGUCAUUACAGUUCAUAUCGGGCAGUUCUUCUUCUUGAAAAAUUGCCAGUACCAGUAUCCAGUCUUCCUCUAUAUAAUAUGGUUAUAUGGAGUUAGUUUCAUGAUAUUAUUUCUGAACUUUUGGUACUAUGCAUACACACGGGGUCAAAGGUUGCCAAAGAACACAAUGAACAAAUUGAAUAAAGAGAAGUAAAACCAUUAACUAGCAUGAAAUUACCAUGUACUUGGCUUAAACUGAACAUUUUUGACAAUGUGGAAAAAGAUGUGCUUUUAAAAGGAAAAAUGGGUAAUUUGCGUCUCUUUUUGUGAUUUAUCUAAAGUUGAUCCAUCUGAACAUAUGCUACCAUGUAGCUGCAAAAUUUGUAAAAUAAAUCAAACCUCUUCAGAAUACAUAUCCCCUUACUAGCUAGCUGUUUUGCUAUGUUAAGCAUUGAUUUGUGUUGUAGAUAUCCAGCUUGUAAUACUUGUGUGCUUCCUUCAUCCUACCUGAUUGUUUAUAUUAAAUGAUGCAAAUGAAUCUUGCAGGUUGUUGAACUGCAUAUUUGACCCAGAAACAGAACAGUGGUAGAUGAUUUUUUUUUAAAGUCCAGGCGGUCUCAUUUUAGCAGCAGUGAUGAACAACUCAUUUUGCGUCUCCUUCCUCUGCGUAACCACAAUAUAACUUAUUUUACAGUAUCCUUGUCAUAGAAGAAUGAAAGGCAUUGGAAGGCCAGAUUUCUGUAAUUGUGCAUCUUUGGCCGAAAAAGAUUAACAGAAGCUGAAAGGUUAAAUCCCUUGCUGGUUUCCAAAUUUAUUUAAAGAAACAGGACACAAAUUCAAGUUGGUAAAUAAUAGUAAGAUGAUUAAGUUAUUAACUUUCAGUUUAAUUAUUCACUAGGCCAGGAAUGAAUAUCAUAACUAUCAGUUUGGAUUUUGUUCCAAGAUUUUUGAGGUUAAAGUGAGCUUUUCAAAUUUUCAGGCAGCUUACAAAAAAUGUGCAAGGAAAAGGGCAAAAAUACUCUUGUGUAGCUUUUUGAUUUUUUUAAAAAUCUGUUCUUGUGUCUUUGAUUUUAAAAAUAACAUUAAGCAUCUAGAGAACACCCUCUUAGAAGUACUUUUUAGGAAUGUUGUCCUCAACCAGCUUCAUACCAUCUUAGUUGAAUGUAAUUCUUUCCCUACAAAGAAAUGCUUUUUAAAAUUUUUCCCACACCACUGUCCCUACACCUCAUCAGUUGGGGGGAGAAAAAUGUUUAGUUAACCUUUUGUGUUUAGUGAUAUUGAUGGCAAGUUGAAAUUUCUAACUUUGCUUGUUUCUUGACUCAUCUUGCCAAUAGGGUAUUUUAAAGGUGCUUUUGAGUGUGUUUGUAAUGAAAUCACAAUGAAGGGAUAUUAGUUUCAUCUUCUAGUACUUAACUGGGCUCUUCAAUUUUGUUUAAUUCUAAUUUUUGCUGCUUCUACAAGAGGUCAAAUCGUGUGUAUUCUGUUCAUAAUUUGGAUAAAAGUUAGUGGUAGUCAAAAUUUCUACACUGGAAAAUGUUUUCUUCACCCUGUUUUGCUAACAUUUUUAAAAAGCAUGUCACAAAUUCUCAAUACUUAAUAGAUAUUAUAGUGAACGUAAGCCCAAAGUAUAAUAUUGAAUGUAGAUUUUUUUGAAGAGUUUUCACAGUAGCUAAAUGUAUAAUUAUCCAACUCUAACAACCUAAGAGCUAGACAGUUCCAUUUUAAUGGAAGAGUAUGGUAUCACAAUGAGAGCUGGAUAUUCACAAUGCAAUGACUGAAAUUGUGUAUUCACUAAGCAGUAAGAGGAAAUCAUUAGCAUUCUAAGGAUGUUUGAAUUUUGCUGUACUAUUUUUAUCAACAUUUUCUAAAGUCAAAAGCAGAUUUAAAAAGUUUUCAAAUAAUGAAACCAUAAUUGGUGGAAUGUCUGAUGCAGAUUUAAAUAUUCUGAGGUAAAACAAUGAUGGGUCCAGAAAGUUGCACCUUGAAGUUUCUCAGAUUUAUUUUUGGCGCAUAAGAACCAUGUUGUAUUCCAAAUUUGGCAAGUGUUUCUUGUGAACGAAAUUGUAAUUUUAUGAAUGGUAAUACCUGCCAUGUCUUAAUGUACAUCCAAAAAAAACCUUCAAAAAUGUGAUAGUAUUUUGUCUGAUCAUUUUGCAUUGAUCCAACCUUCACUAAACUCAUAAGGUUUGAGUUUUCAUGCAUGCACCAUUUGACAUCAGCAACAAGUGCAGGGAAAACGUUGGUUCAUGUAACAUUUGUCAACUGUAAAUUUUUUUGUUUUCCAAUCCACUAAUGAAAAAUGCACUAAUCCAGUCAUUGCAUCAGCAUUUGUGGGCAGAUUUGAGUAGUCGUGCUGGUACAAUGUGGAAACAGCUGUCCGCGUACAGUGCCUGUGGUCAUUAAAGUAUCUACACAAGCUCCAUUCCUUAACAUUGAAGCGUAGAGGCCACAUAUCAAGUGUUCAUUCUAAAUAGUUAUUUAGAUGAGCACUUGAAAUAUACUGCAGAAGGCUAUGGGCCAAAUGCUAGGCAAUGUGGUAAGACAGCCUUCCUUUACCAGGCUCUCAAGCAUUGCAAUCGGAUUUCAACUGCCCUCAAGGAGGGGAUAAAAAUGUUCCUCUGAUCACCCGAUAAAUUUCCUAGCCCUUGCAUUGAAGUCCUUUUACAGAUUCCCAUGAGAAGUUUUAUCUACCCUAUCUCUGGCUUUUAUAACUUUGUUAAUCUGGCCAAAACCUAUCUUCAACCUUUUGGGUUCCAAUUUACCCAGUGUCUCUCCAUAGCUAUAAUGUUUAAUUGCAGAGAGAAUCCAGGUAAAUCCCUGUGAAUGCAAUCAUGUAUAUCCUUCCCUUGGGUGCUGAUCAGAAAUGCAGACUGUACGUAAGCUUGGCUCAAUGUUUUGUAUAUAGUACUAUAAGCUCCCUGCUGUUGUUCUCUGUAUGCUUGGCUUUAAUACAGUCUAAGUUAAUACUGGGGAAGUUGAAAUUGCUGUUGUUAUCUUGUCUUCCAUUGUUUGUGAUUUACCUACAGCAUGUAUCUAUCCCUCUCUCUCAUGCCAUUUUUUAUUUGGAGACCUAUAGUGUAUAUACACCACUUGAUCACUGUUUUCAUUUGUUUUUAAGCUCAGUCUGUAUGACUCAUUUGGAGAACCUUCUCAGAUGUUUAGCUCUUUUACAGGUCCUGCCCAGCUUGCAAAUGCCUGACUUAUGGACAACACAUAUAUACCCACGAGCUCUUGAGACCAUCAGGAUGCAUUUCAUAUGAAGAAAGACUGGAUGAACUGGGCUUGUACUCGUUGGAAUUUAGAAGAUUGAGGGGGGAUCUGAUUGAAACGUAUAAAAUCCUAAAGGGAUUGGACAGGCUAGAUGCAGGAAGAUUGUUCCCGAUGUUGGGGAAGUCCAAAACAAGGGGUCACAGUUUGAGGAUAAAGGGGAAGCCUUUUAGGACCGAGAUUAGGAAAAACUUCUUCACACAGAGUGGUGAAUCUGUGGAAUUCUCUGCCACAGGAAACAGUUGAGGCCAGUUCAUUGGCUAUAUUUAAGAGGGAAUUAGAUAUGGCCCUUGUGGCUAUGGGGAUCAGGGGGUAUGGAGGGAAGGCU